AGUGGAGGCAGUACAACUUUCACUCCAACAGUCCAGCUUCUCUCUCUUUCGUCUUCAGUUCUUCGUCACUCUCUCCGAGUCUGCUCCGUUUAUGCUCGGCUUGUUUGCUCUUCUGGAACGUAAAUGCACAAGACCUCCAUUAACUUCUCUCUCUCCAGUUCAUUUUCCUCGCUAAGACGGUGAAAUGGUGGGAAAGGGGAAAGCAGUAUUGGUGAAAGAUUCAUCAGCGAAGAGGAAGCGUGAAGAUAAUACAGAUAAGUCGAGUCUCCAGAAAAGGAAAAACCCCGGAGUUCUCCAAUUCUUCGACGACGCUGCGGCUGUCGACAAAGACGUCGAGGAGAGCAGCGAAGAUGAUGAACUUGACGACGAUGAUUUCAUGGAUGAGAUUGAUGCGGAAAUAAAAGACAAGAAUGAACAGGGAAAAGCGCAUCACCUUCCUUUCUUGCCGAAAGAAGAGGAGCUGAGUGAUGUAGAGCUUGAAAGAUAUCUGGAAGAGCGCUAUGGGCCUGGUUCACACUAUGUUGCACACAAAGAAGAUGAUUAUGAGGCUAAAAGAUCUGAUUAUAAAAUUGACCAAAUGCCUUCUAUUAAUGAUCCAACCAUAUGGAAGGUCAAAUGCACGGUUGGGCGUGAGCGAUAUUCAACCUUCUGCCUCAUGCAGAAGUAUGCUGACUUGCAAAAUCUUGGAACUAAACUGCAGAUAAGUUCUGCAUUCGCCCUUGACAACAUAAAGGGUUUUAUUUAUAUUGAAGCUUAUAAAGAAUGUGAUGUCACUGAGGCUUGCAGAGGGCUUUGUAGUAUUUAUUCUACUAGAAUGAUACCUGUCCCGAAAAAUGAACUUUCUCAUUUGCUUUCGGCUCGAAACAAAUUAAAAGUUUUGCGGGGUAUGUGGGCCCGCUUGAAAUCUGGGAAAUACAAAGGUGACCUAGCACAGGUUGUUUCUGUCAAUGACAAACGCAAAAGAGCAAUGAUAAAGCUGAUUCCGAGAAUUGAUCUGCAAGCUAUUGCCAAGAAACUUGGUGGUGGAGUAAUUAUCCGACAGACUGCUGUUCCUGCACCCAGAUUGAUCAGCUCUAGUGAACUUGAGGAUUUCCGGUCUCAUAUUCAUUACCGAUGUGAUCGUGAAACAGGCGAGGUUUAUGAAAUACUUGAUGGUUUGAUGUUGAAGAAUGGUUAUUAUUAUAAAAGAGUAUCAUUUGAUUCAUUAAGCUUCUGGAGAGUGCUUCCUUCAGAUGAUGAACUUCAGAAGUUUAAGACUUUUGAGAAUCAAAUGUCUGAUGAUCCAGAGUGGCUUUCACGGCUUUAUGGUGAACGGAGAAAAAAGUGUUCUGGUAAGGGUGGUAAAGGAACAUCAAAAGGAUCUGUAGGUACAUCAAGGAGUAAAAAGGGGGGUGGUUUUCAACUGCAUGAUCUUGUUUUCUUUGGUCAGAACGAUUAUGGUGUUAUAAUAGAUGUGCAGGAGACUGAAACCUUUCAGAUCCUAAAACAUGACUGCGGAGAGUCAAAAAUAGUGACUGUUGAGCUGCAUGAGAUAAAAAUUGGAUCAAAUGAUAAAAAGUAUUCUGCUUUGGACAAGCAGAUGAUGAAAAUAUCUGUCAGGGAUUUUAUCGAGGUCUUAGAAGGUCCACUACAGGGUAGACGAGGGGUUGUUAGGCAAAUCUACCAAAGCACCAUCUUUGUUUAUGAUAAAAAUCAAAAGGAGAAUAGUGGUUUCUUCUGUGUUAAAGCUCAAUUGUGUAAAAGGAUUAAGCCUUCUAAGGAAGCCCUUCAGGAGAACAUUGAUGAUGGAUCAGGUCCGCCUGGUUUUGAUGAGACCAUGCCGUCUCCAAAAUCUCCCCUGUCACCUAAAAGACCAUGGAUGGCGAAAGAUAAUAACUGUGACUUUAGCAGAAAUCACCAAGGUAAUGGAGGUGGAAUAUUCUCUGUUGGGCAAGCCUUGAGAAUCAGAGUUGGUCCUCUAAAAGGUUACCUGUGUCGUGUCAUAGCCAUAUAUCAUUCAGAUGUUACAGUGAAGCUUGAUUCUCAGCUAAAAAUCAUUACAGUUAAAAGUGAACAUCUUACCGAGGUUCAUGGUAAGAGCUGUGGAGGCUCUAUUACGGAUUCUGACAUGAACCCAUUUGGUGAUUUUGGGAGUCAUAGUUUCUCAGGAGAUUUUACAGAAGGAAUGGGUGCACCAAUGGAAAGCAAUGGAUGGGAUUCUGGGCAGAAAUCAUCUGAAAGGAGCACUUGGCCUGGUUUCUCUUCUGCUGCUUUUUCAAUUGGAUCACCUCUUGCAAGGCCUUUUGACUCCAUUGAUAGUGAUCCCAAAAAAGAUGGAGAAGGUGACACCUGGGGAAGUAAAGCAAUUUCAGCAACUGGUAAUCAAAUAGCGGACUGCUGGGAUAAAGCAGCAGGCUCUAAUGGUGAUCAGAAUUCAUCGUGGAAUAUAGGAUCAUCUCAGGGUACUGGAGACCGGGGAAGAAACACAGACUCUUGGGACAGGUCUACAGCUAAACAUGGCUUUGGUAGCAGCAACACCAAUGGUUGGGAGAAAGUAGAGCCUCCCAGUGAAGAUGGAGGGGGUGACACCUGGGGAAGUAAAGCAAUUGCAGCAACUGGUAAUCAAGCAGCAGGUUCUAGUGGAGAUCAGACUUCAUCCUGGGAUAAAGUUAUAACAAAACAGGGCUUUGGUAGCAGUAGGACUGAUAAUUGGGAUAAAACAGAAUGUCCUAUUGAAGGUCUGGCUGGAAACUUAAGAGAUGAAGGAUGCAGUUGGGGCACUGGAAAAUUAAAUUCUGGAUGUCAGGAAGACCAUUCAAAUGAUGCAACAGGCUGUUGGAACAGUGCCAAAAGUGUAUCUAAGAAUGACAAAGGUCAUUUAAGAACAUCAGAAAAUACAUGGGACAAAGGUAGACAUGGAAGUGAGAACCCUAGUUGGAAAGGUGAAGUUGAAUUGCAAAACCAGCCAAAUUCUUGGGACAAAGGCAAGGGUAUAGUUGGAAAAGAUGCAGAUGCCUGGGGUAAUGCAGUGGAGUCCCAAGUUCAAGGUCAUACUGAUAGAGCAAAUCAAGAAGAUGUGUGGGGUAAAGCUGCAGAUAAUUGGACGGUAAGAGAUGGUUCCAUUGGUGGGAAGAAAGAUAGUUGGAAUACUGCAGCAUCUGGAGGGAGGAAUCAGACUGGGGGUUGGGGUACAGCUGGUAGUCAUGCUUACAAGGAAUCAGAAAAUCAAGAUCAAGGGAGCAACAACUGGACCACUUGGAGUAAAAAUGAAAAGGGAGACAGUUGUGGAGGAUCAAAGGCUUUUGGUGAUGAGGGAGCAUCUUGGAGUAAAGACAAAGCGUUUGAUGCAGAGGAUGAAGCUAGUGGAAAAAAGGAGCUAAAUGACCGCUGGAACAUUUCUAGACGUGUUAAUGCUGAUCAAAGAUAUGAUUGGAACAAGGGGUCAGAAGAUAAUAAAGCAUGGGAGAAAAAAGAUCAAGAUUUUAGCUUGGGCAAGGCAAAUGCUUUUGACAGGGGUCAGGAAUAUGGCAGAAGAGGAAGGGGAGGGUGUCGAGGAGUUAGAGAUCAUUUUAAUGGUGGAAGAUCCUUUAGUCGGGGGCAGUUUUCUGGUUGGAAUAAAGGUGAUCAAGACAAAUGUUUUACAGGUGAUGGAUCAUCUUCUAGAAACCAAUCAUCUGGUUGGAACAAUGAUCAACUGGAUGGUUGGAAUAGAAGCAAGUGUUCUGGUUUUAAUGAAAAAUGGAACAAUGUAACUCAACAUUCCGGGGAAACCAAUAAAGAUGAUGCAUGGAACCAAACCAAAGGUGAAGGUCAAUCUGCCAACUGGAAUAGAAGCAAGUGUUCUGGUUUUAAUGAAAAAUGGAACGAUGUAACUCAACAUUCUGGGGAAACCAUUAAAGAUGAUGCAUGGAACCAAACCAAAGGUGAAGGUCAAUCUGCCAACUGGAGUGAUGUCAAAGAUACUUUUAAAAGUGUAGCAAUGGGUUUGGAAUCAAGUGGACAGAGAGGAAGGGGAGGACGCCGGGGUGGCAGAGGUAAUUUUAACAGAGGGAGUUUCUCUGGUCGGGGUCAGUCUUCUGGCUGGAAGACAGAUGGUCAACAGAAACAUAGGACUCUUGAUGAAGCAUUCUCUGGAAACCCGUCAGCUGGUUGGAACAAUGACACCUUUGGAAACAAAUAUUGCUCCACAGUAGGUGCUCAACAGAAAGAUGGAGGUGGUGAAACUUGGGAGCAAAACACUGUUGCAGAAACUGCUAACCAAGCAGGUACUGAUCAAGUCCCAGGCAGCUGGGAUAAAAGUGUAGGCUAUAGUGGAGACAAGAAUUCGUGGAAUAGUGGUGCUACUGAGGAUAAGGGGGUUGAUAUCAAAGCUGGAAGUUGGGGUAAGAGUGGAGGCUCUUGGGACAAAGGGAAACAUCUGGUUAAAAACGAAGGAGCUUGGGGCAAAGCUGUAGAAUCCCAAGGGCAUACCAGUAAUACCCAUCAAGAAGACUCCUGGGGCAAAGGAGCUGAUAGCUGGAUGGGAAAAGGUGGUUCAGCUGAAAAUUGGAACACUUCAACAUCUGCAGGAUGGAAUCAGACUGGUGGUUGGGAUCGGGAGUCUGGUGGAAGAAGAGAUCUAGAAUCCCAAGGGCAUACCAGUAAUACCCAUCAAGAAGACUCCUGGGGCAAAGGAGCUGAUAGCUUGAAGGAAAAAGGUGGUUCAGCUGAAAAUUGGAACACUUCAACAUCUGCAGGAUGGAAUCAGACUGGUGGUUGGGGUCGGGAGUCUGGUGGAAGAAGCGCUCCAGAAUCCCAAGGGCAUACCAGUAAUACCCAUCAAGAAGGCUCCUGGGGCAAAGGAGCUGAUAGCUGGAUGGAAAAAGGUGGUUCAGAUGAAAAUUGGGGUCGGGAGUCGGGUGGAAGAAGUAGGGGUGGAUAUCGAGGUGGUAGAGAUAAUUUUCAUAGAGGUAGAUCCUUUGGUCGAGGGCAAUCUUCUGGUUGGAAUAGGGAUAAUCAGGGUCAAUCUUCUGGUUGGAAUAGAAAUGGUCAAUCUUCUGGUUGGAAUAGGGAUAAUCAGGGUCAAUCUUCCGGUUGGAAUAGGGAUAAUCAGGGUCAAUCUUCUGGUUGGAGUAGGGAUAAUCAAGGUCAAUCUUCUGGUAAAGCUGGAUGUGGUAACGAGGGUGAAGGUGGUUGGAGCAGGGGGCAAUCCUCUGGUUGGGGAUCCUGAUGGUUCUAGGCUGUAGGGCCUUUUGCUUGGAACUGUGUCAAUAUUUUUUGUUUCCUCCCCUCUACUCUUUGUUGUACAUAGACACGGUUAUCGUCUUUUAUUUUUUUCUGCUUGAUAUAUCAUGUAUGUAUGCACUUGGUGGCUGCCCCCACUCCAGGCCUUUUUAUGCCUUGUUACAAUGUGAUAUGUAAACCUGAAGCUAAGCAGAACUACAAAAGAACUUUACCUUUUCCUUUUGGGAAAAGAGAAACUGCACUAUAUCAACCGGUAUCAAUGGAUGUUUUGGAGGACGAGGAA